AAAAUUCAUAUAUGUCCUUUAUCGGAAUGUCAACGUCAAUUUAAACGCUUUGAACAUCUUAAAAGACAUAUGAAGGUUCAUACUUUGGAAAGACCAUUUAGUUGUUCUUAUCCUGGUUGUCAAAAAAAUUUUUCUCGAUCUGAUAAUUUAUCACAGCAUAUAAAAACUCACGAAAAA